AUUCAGCGGAGGAUUCAAGUCCGUAUCUAUCAAACUAAAUUAUGACUGAGGGAACGCACCUGCGGAGGCGAGGGGGGCCGUACAAGACCGAGGCCGCCACAGACCUGAGCCGCUGGAGGCUGAGUAACGUGGAGGGCAGGCAGAACUGGUGCUAUGUUGAAGACCAGGACCCCCCCGACAGGGAGCAGACCAUGCUGGAAGCCCAUUCACUGGGCUUGGACACGAGUACGUUUGUGUCUGUCUCUGAAGCCGCCCACACGGCUGUGGAUGCAGCGGUGAAAGGCAUGAGCUUCUACAGCCGCCUGCAGGCCGAGGACGGCCACUGGGCGGGGGACUACGGCGGACCUCUCUUCCUGCUCCCGGGCCUCCUGAUCACAUGCCACGUGGCUAAGAUCCCGCUGCCCGAGGCCUGGAGGAAGGAGAUGGUGAGGUACCUGCGCUCCGUGCAGCUGCCGGAUGGAGGCUGGGGCCUACACAUUGAAGACAAGUCGACCGUCAUGGGCACAGCGCUGAGCUACAUCGCCUUGAGGAUCCUGGGACUCGAGCCCGACCACCCCGACGUGGAGCGAGCCAGGAACAACCUGCACGACAAAGGAGGAGCCGUGGGGAUUCCCUCGUGGGGCAAAUUCUGGUUGGCCAUCUUAAACGUCUACAGCUGGGAGGGAAUGAACACAUUGCUGCCAGAGAUGUGGCUGUUUCCCACGUGGAUGCCGGCCCACCCCUCCACCCUGUGGUGUCACUGCCGCCAGGUGUACCUCCCCAUGAGCUACUGUUACGCCGUCAGACUGGCGGCACAGGAAGACCCCCUGGUCCUCAGCCUCAGACAGGAGCUGUAUGUCCAGGACUACGCCACCAUUGACUGGCCAGCUCAGAGGAACAAUGUGGCGGCGUGUGAUCUGUACACACCUCACAGCACGCUGCUCACCGUCGCCUACACGGUGUUGAACGCUUACGAAGCCCACCACAGCGCCGCGCUGAGAGGAAAGGCCGUCAAAGAGCUGUACGAACACAUCCAGGCCGACGACCGCUUCACCAAAUGCAUCAGCAUCGGACCGAUCUCAAAGACCAUCAACAUGCUGGUCCGCUGGUAUGUGGAUGGCCCCGCCUCUCCGGUCUUCCAGGAGCACGUGUCCAGGAUCCCGGACUACCUCUGGUUGGGAUUAGACGGCAUGAAGAUGCAGGGGACCAACGGCUCUCAGCUCUGGGACACUUGUUUUGCUGUACAGGCUUUCCUUGAGGCCGGAGCCCAAGACGACUCCGGACUGGCCGAGUGCCUCCGACAUGCCCAUCAGUUCCUCACCAUCACACAGAUACCUGAGAAUGUUCCUGAGUACCAGAAGUACUACAGGCAGAUGAACAAGGGAGGCUUCCCCUUCAGUACCCGCGACUGUGGCUGGAUCGUGGCCGACUGCACGGCGGAGGGCCUGAAGUCCGUGAUGCUGCUGCAGGAGCUUUGUCCCUCCAUCGGCAAGCACGUCACCUCCGAGCGGCUGCACGACGCCGUCAACGUGUUGCUCAGCAUGAGAAAUUCUGACGGUGGAUUCGCGACGUAUGAAACGAAGAGAGGAGGGCGCCUCCUGGAGCUGCUCAACCCAUCUGAGGUGUUUGGUGACAUCAUGAUAGAUUACACCUAUGUGGAGUGUACCUCAGCAGUAAUGCAGGCUCUGAAACACUUCCAGAAGGCACACCCUGAACACCGUGCUGAGGAGAUAAGCUGCACUCUGAGAGACGGACUGGAGCACUGCAGGAAGGUGCAGAGGCCUGACGGAUCCUGGGAAGGGUCCUGGGGAGUGUGCUUCACGUAUGGGAUCUGGUUUGGCCUGGAAGCCUUCGCCUGUAUGGGCCACGCCUACCACGACGGGGCCGUGUGCGUCGAGGUCCAGCGGGCCUGCCGCUUCCUGCUGGACCGGCAGAUGGCGGACGGCGGCUGGGGGGAGGACUUUGAGUCGUGCGAGCAGCGGCGCUACGUCCAGAGCGGCAACUCUCAGAUCCACAACACCUGCUGGUCCUUGUUAGGGCUCAUGGCCGUCAGGCAUCCUGACAGGCGGGCCAUGGAGAGAGGGGUGCAGCUGCUGAUCGACAGCCAGCUGCCCAACGGAGACUGGCCUCAGGAGAAUAUUUCGGGCGUGUUCAACAAGAGCUGCGCCAUCAGCUACACCUCCUACAGGAACGUGUUCACGGUGUGGACGCUCGGACGCUUCUCCGCCCUUUACCCCGACAGCCCGCUGGCCGGGAAGCUCAAGCUGUGAAGACUCGGGAGGGAGGGGGGGGGAGUGGAUUCUUCAAACUACGAAAACAGCCACGUUCAGUUCAUCCAACGAUCUUUUUUUUCCCGUGAGCGUUAAGCGUUGAAAUGCGGUCGGCCUUACGUCAACCGUUUGGAUUCCUCCGAGUUGAAUCCAUCAGAUAAAGUUCCCGCUCGUCAUUCUUUGAAUUUCUCUCGGUGUUGACGUUCCGGGACGGCUCAUCCAUCACGCAGCAACUCCCCUCGGAAAAAAAAAACUAUUUCGCAAUAUUUCGUGGGUCAACGACCCACAAUGCAUGUGCUCCGCUUCCCCGAGUGUGUCAAAACAUGAACGCCCACCGUCGCCUUGCAUCCCCGCCAUUUUGCAAAUUCGGGUGUGUUAUUCUUGUCUGGGACUCGACACGACGGGAUGCAUCUUUGAAUGAAUGUGCCUGUUUGGACCAAUAUUGCAAUAAUGAGCCUCAGCUAGGUAUCAAACCCAGACACGUACUGUUUGGAAAAAAACUCACAACACAUGUUCAUGAUCCAUUCAGAAUUAUUAUAUUGAUUAGGCCCCAAAAAGUUCACUGAACAGGACAUGUUGACUUCUUGUGGAGCGUCCCCGAUCCAUUUGCAAUUCGAAAACAUAAUUUUUCUACGGGAUAAUGACGGACCUUUCGUGAUCGUCCUUGGCUCUGUGCUUGUUGGUGUUGCUGUACUUUGGUUUGUGCUGUAUGGAAAUGUCCCGUUCAAAAACUCUCAAUACAUUCCUGAUCAAUCCUG